UCUUAUAUAAUAUGGGGUUUCACAGGGCACUGAUGUAGAAGUAUUCUUGAGGCAGACUCGUAUUACUUGUUGUAGAGCUGGUUCUCACUUUGCUGUGGGGUGUAGAGCUGCUCUCACACGGGUGAUCUGUGGCCCUAUUUGAGUGAAUUUUGGAAGGUGUACAGGAUGGUUCCAAACAAGGAAGGGGAUGAACUUGUUUUCUUUGUGAAUGGUAAAAAGGUGGUGGAAAAAGAUGUGGACCCAGAAACAACUCUGCUAACCUACCUACGAAGAAAAUUGGGCCUAUGUGGAACCAAAUUAGGCUGUGGAGAAGGUGGAUGUGGUGCUUGCACUGUUAUGAUAUCCAAAUAUGAUCCCUUUCGGAAGAAAAUCAUCCACCAUACUGCCAAUGCUUGCCUCUUCCCUGUCUGUGCCCUGCAUCAUGUAGCUGUAACUACUGUUGAAGGCAUAGGAAAUACAAAAUCCAGGCUGCACCCAGCCCAGGAGAGAAUAGCAAAAAGUCAUGGGUCCCAAUGUGGCUUUUGCACUCCAGGCAUUGUCAUGUCCAUGUAUACAUUGCUCCGGAACCAACCUGAGCCCAAAAUGGAGAACAUAGAAGAUGCUUUCCAAGGGAACUUGUGUCGGUGUACAGGGUACAGACCCAUUCUGGAAGGAUACAGGACAUUUGCUAAAGACUUGAACUGCUGUGGCAGAGUAGCCGGUGGCACUGGAUGCUGUCUUAGUGAGAAGGAAAAUAGCACAAAUGGCAGCUGCUGUAGCAGAAAUGCCAGUAGUCCAGGCUGCUGCAUGAAUGGAAAAGAAGACAAUGUGACAAUUAUAUCCUCCAGCCUGUUCAAUUCUUCUGAGUUUCAGCCAUUGGACCCUACGCAGGAGCCAAUCUUCCCUCCAGAAUUAAUGACUCAGAGUAAUAAACAGCAGAAACAGUUGUGUUUCAAAGGCGAGCGUGUGAUGUGGAUCCAGCCUACAACUCUCAAGGAACUGGUGGCUCUUAAAUCCCAGUACCCCAAUGCCAAGCUUGUUGUGGGGAACACAGAAGUGGGUAUUGAGAUGAGGUUAAAGAACAUGUUGUAUCCAGUGAUAAUAGCACCAGCCUGGAUCUCUGAAAUGAAUGCUGUUCAGCACUCUGAAACAGGGAUCAUCUUUGGUGCUGCCUGUACCCUGAGCUCAAUAGAGGAGGUCCUGAAAAAAGCAGUGGCAGAGCUUCCUCCUUACAAAACAGAGGUCUUCCAGGCUGUCCUCGAACAGCUGCGCUGGUUUGCAGGGCCACAGAUAAGGAAUGUUGCAGCUCUUGGUGGAAACAUAAUGACAGCAAGCCCAAUUUCUGACCUAAAUCCUGUGUUAAUGGCAAGUGGAAGCAAACUGACUCUGGUAUCAAAUGAGGGCAAGAGGACUAUCACUAUGGAUGAGAAGUUUUUCACUGGAUACAGAAAGACAAUAGUUAAGCCUGCAGAAAUACUGCUCUCUGUUGAAAUACCUUACAGCAAGAAGGGUGAAUACUUCUCAGCUUUCAAGCAGGCUUCCCGUCGGGAGGAUGACAUUGCUAUUGUGACCUGUGGGAUGAGAGUCCUGUUCCAAGAUGCCACUAGCCGGGUGCAGGAAAUAAAACUAAGCUAUGGAGGAAUGGCUCCUACAACCAUUCUGGCACUAAAAACUUGCCAGGAGCUCACUGGCAGAGACUGGAAUGAGAAGCUGCUGCAGGAUGCCUGCCACUUACUGGCAAAUGAGAUGAAUCUCUCUCCUUCUGCACCUGGUGGGAUGGUGGAUUUCCGACGCACUCUCACACUGAGCUUCUUCUUCAAGUUCUACCUGACUGUCCUUCAGAAACUAAGCAAGAACCACAGUGGCCCUAACAACGUGUGUGAGCCUGUUCCCUCCAACUACAUCAGUGCUACAGAGCUGUUUCACAAAGAUCCCAUUGCAAAUGCCCAACUCUUCCAAGAAGUGCCCAAGGGACAGGCAGUUGAAGAUAUGGUGGGCCGGCCUUUGAUGCAUGUUUCAGCAGCCAAACAAGCAUGCGGAGAAGCUAUUUACUGUGAUGACAUCCCUCACUAUGAGAAUGAGCUGUACCUGACGCUGGUGACCAGCACCAAAGCCCACGCUAAAAUCCUUUCUAUGGACAUCUCUGAAGCCCAGAGCGUUCCUGGUUUUGUGUGUUUUGUCUCCGCCAAGGAUGUUCCUGGCAGUAACAUCACUGGCAUUGCUAAUGAUGAAACUGUCUUCGCUGAAGAUGUGGUCACUUGUGUUGGUCAUAUCAUUGCUGCGGUUCUUGCAGACACACAAGAACAUUCCAGAAGAGCGGCUAAGGCUGUGAAGAUUAAGUAUGAAGAGCUCAAACCUAUUGUCACAAUUCAGGAAGCUAUUGAGAAAAAAUCUUUUCUUAAGUCUGUAAAGAGGAUUAAUAAGGGAGAUGUGAAGAAAGGAUUUGAAGAAUCUGAUCACAUUUUGGAAGGAGAGAUGUACCUUGGUGGACAGGAACAUUUCUAUCUGGAAACUCACUGUACUCUGGCUGUGCCAAAGGGGGAAGACGGUGAGAUGGAACUCUUUGUGUCAACCCAAAACCCAAUGAAGACACAGGAGUUUACUGCUAAUGCAUUGGGAGUCCCAUCAAAUCGAAUUGUGGUUCGAGUGAAAAGAAUGGGAGGAGGAUUUGGAGGAAAAGAGACUAGGAAUACGAUUUUGACAACUGCAGUGGCUGUCGCAGCCUUCAAAGCUGGCCGCCCAGUAAGGUGCAUGCUGGAUCGAGAUGAGGACAUGCUGAUAAGUGGUGGGAGACAUCCCUUCUUGGGGAGAUACAAGGUUGGUUUCAUGAAGAAUGGGAAAGUCAAGAGUCUGGAGGUGUCAUACUACAGCAAUGGGGGCAACUCUAUAGACCUCUCUCAUGGUGUUAUGGACAGAGCCCUGUUACAUUUGGAUAACUCCUACAACAUCCCUAAUGUCAGUAGUGUGGGAAUUGUUUGUAAGACAAACCUACCUUCCAAUACAGCCUUCCGUGGCUUUGGAGGGCCCCAAGGAAUGAUGAUUGCUGAGUGCUGGAUGAGUGACCUUGCUCGGAAGUGUGGCCUGCCACCUGAGGAGGUGCGAAAGCUCAAUCUGUACAAUGAAGGAGACCUGACUCAUUUUAACCAAAAGCUGGAGGGAUUUACUCUACGAAGAUGCUGGGAUGAAUGUUUGUCAAGCUCUAACUAUCAUGCCAGGAAGAAACUAAUUGAAGAAUUCAACAAGCAGAAUCGCUGGAAGAAGCGAGGGAUGUGCAUCAUUCCUACCAAAUUUGGCAUCAGUUUCACCGUCCCAUUCCUAAACCAGGCUGGAGCUCUGGUCCAUGUGUAUACAGAUGGCUCUGUGUUACUAACACAUGGGGGGACUGAGAUGGGUCAAGGACUUCAUACCAAAAUGAUUCAGGUUGCUAGCAGGUCACUGGGAAUCCCCACCUCCAAAAUUUACAUCAGUGAGACCAGCACAAACACUGUCCCAAAUACCUCCCCAACAGCCGCAUCUGUCAGCGCAGACAUCAAUGGAAUGGCUGUCCAUAAUGCAUGUCACGUUAUCUUAAAAAGGCUUGAGCCGAUCAAACAGUCUAAUCCCAAAGGAUCCUGGGAAGACUGGAUUAAAGCUGCCUAUGAGGACUGUGUUAGUCUGUCGGCCACAGGAUUUUAUAGAAUUCCUGACCUUGGCUAUGACUUUGAAAAGAACGAAGGAAAACCAUUCUGCUAUUUCAGUUAUGGCGUUGCUUGCUCUGAGGUUGAGAUAGAUUGCCUGACAGGUGACCACAAGAAUAUUCGCACAGACAUUGUUAUGGAUGUUGGUACCAGCCUGAACCCAGCCAUAGAUAUAGGACAGAUAGAAGGAGCAUUUGUCCAAGGCCUUGGUCUCUUCACCAUGGAGGAGCUGCGCUAUUCUCCUGAAGGGAACUUGUACACUCGAGGGCCUGGCAUGUAUAAAAUCCCAGCAUUCGGAGACAUCCCAACAGAAUUCUACGUGUCUCUUCUCCGUGACUGUCCAAACAGCAAGGCGGUUUAUUCAUCCAAGGCUGUGGGAGAGCCACCUCUGUUCCUCUCUGCUUCAGUGUUUUAUGCCAUUAAAGAUGCCAUCUACUCAGCAAGGAAGGACUCUGGCCUUACUGAACCAUUCAGGCUGGACAGCCCUGCCACCCCAGAGAGGAUCCGCAAUGCCUGUGUGGACAUCUUCACUGAAAUGUGCCCUUCUGCUGAGCCAGGGACCUUUAAGCCAUGGUCUGUGCGUGUGUAAAAGAGAAGUUUUGAGAGCAAAUGCUCCUCAUGAAACUGAGCUUACACCAGAGGGACGACAAGGCAGUAGGACUAUAAUGGGGGGAGGGAGGGGAAAUCUGUCUUCAUGUGGCUCAUCCACUGAUUCAUGGAGCUUUCACAUUUAAUUGUCCAAUCAUUGUUUCCUCUAGGAGAGGGAUUUGCUGCCAGAUUAUAGCUGUGAUGUAAAUUCAAAUGAAGAAUAAGUGGAAGGUGAAGCUAUUCAGGUGUAAUUAAAAAAAAGUCUUUCAGGUUUCAUUGAAUAUUGCUGCAGCAAUAGGAGGCAUGCUUACUACCAGCCAUUGUAAAAUGGUAGAGUGGUUCAUUCUUUUUUUUUUCUACUCUGGAGAAAAGAUGGAUCACCUUGUGGUGCCACACCAAGACUAACUUAAAUGCAUUGAACCCAGACGAGCAGUCCUUCAGUGAAGAUGGGGGAAGGCAUGUGAGGGCCUGAAAGCUGGACCCUAUUGUGUCCCCUCUGUACACAAAGCCAGGUAUACACUUAGAGGAAGACGAGCAGGAGUUUUGUUGUUAGCUAACUAUGUAACAAAAGUGAUUCAGAGGAAAACCCUAAAAUGUGACCAAUAGCUGAUUUAUCCUAAGUUAAAUGAGGAUUGCUUUGUCUGCACUGGGGCUUCAAUGAAUUUUUAGUUCGCACACUACCUUGUUUUCUCUGAUUAAAGACAAAAACUAGAGAUAACAAGAGGACUUCCAGCACAAUGCUGAUUCAUUUUAAAUGCUCAGCCUUUCCCCCCUAUACAUCUUUCCUCCAUCUUUCAAAUAGGAAAGGACAACAGAGAAAUCACCUUGGAGUAACUGAGGAAGUUAGUCAUGUCAUCGUUUCUCCCAGAGCAAUUUACACCAGCCCAGACAAGGGACAGGAUAGACACAUCAGGGGAUGAGUUGGCUCUGGGUGCCCUCUAGGGUCAGCCCCUUGCUGUCAUGCUAUGGCUUUGCCUUCUUUUCAAGAAAACUCUAGUUUUGGUGAAUGUAAGAGAAUGGGUAUGCUUUGCAGCAGGGACUUAUCUGAAAAACGUGCUAACUAUGUGAUGGUCUCAUGCAUUCUGGGUUGAAUGCAUUUUUCAUGUUGUAUUUAAUGCUGGACAUCCAUUUUCACAGGUUUUCUCAGUCAGAUUUAACAUUGUAGAAUCAUGUGAGCUCUAGAUUAUGUCAGUCAUGUACUGUACCUGCUCAUAAUAUGCAAAAUUUUAUCCAUUUCUGUGGCCCACAGCUUUAUGAAAAUGUCCUUUUUCUAUUUUUGCACUCCUAGGGCCAUAAAAAAAUAUGGUGCAAGAGGAUGUAACUCCAUUGCCUGAUAUAAAAUUUUGCUCACACACAUCCUGCUUAAAACUGGCCUUAAUCUUAGGACUUAAACAUAUGCAGAGUUUGAAAAUUUUUUUUUAAGCACUCCAGGGCAUAUAGUUUUGAAUUGUGUAGAUUUAUUUCUCAACCUAAAAUAUUAUAGUUCUACCAUCUGGAAAAAGGUCAUUUGUAUAUGUGAGUUGCAGAAAGUAUUUUGUGCCUGCUGGGCUUGCUGUGUAAUUGCUUCAUUGAUUUAAAGAUGAUAUUGGUGUUUCUUAAGCUCCGAGGUACUGGACAAGAACACAUUUUUGUUUUCACCUGAAAGCUGGCAAUAUGUAAAAAAACAAACAAACAAACAACACACAAAAAAACCCCAAACCAAAACAACAACAAUAACAAAAAAACAAAACAACAACAAAAAAGAAAAAACCCCAAAAAAAACCUCUUAGAGAAGAAAACGUGAUCAUUUUGUUGUGCAAGAACAGCUAUGGUGCCUGUGUGCACCUUUUCUUGUACUUUCAGGAAGGGAUGCAAAAUACAAAGUCUGUAAGGUAGAUCGGUAUUGGCACCAUUUUUGCCACAUUCCACGUCAUGAGAUUACUGGACAUGCUCAUCUAGACCAGGCUAAGAAGAAGUACAGAGGAAACAUAGCGUGUAUUACUGCAAAAUAUGCAGAGCUCAGGCAAAGAGUGUGGUAUUGAGGAGCUUCCAUCAUUGUAUAAGGGGACAGCCACAAGGGUUCAGGAGAGGCUUGCUCCCUGUGAGGGUCCUGGGCUGGGACAGGAUGUCACUAGUGGUAUGAGCAAGUGUGUUUUUUCCCUUGUGGGUCUAGCAGCUCCUUUUGCAUAAUUUCAGAGUGGGUUUGCAGUGUCUCGCAUAACCACUGUGACUGCCUCGUCAAGUGAACUUUUAAAAAUCAGUUGCAUCAAGUCUCUUGUAUUUGCCUUGAGCAUUAAUUUGAUGUGUAUUUUCCACACUGUGUACAUGCAAUGGCCGGAGAGGGCUAGUUGAGUGCAGACCUUAACCUGUGGAGCCAUUUUUGCUGCAGUGUCAGUGAUCCACUGUUUCCCAGGUGCUAGUCCUUGUCCUCAAGCCAUCCCCAGCUCAGGGCCUACCCUUUCACAGUCACUGGCUGAUGGAAAGAGGAAACAUAUAUUUCUUUUGGGGUGCACUGGAAUUGAAUGUAGAUUACGCCAAACAUCUGAGGGGCCUGAGGGGGGAAAUAGUAUAAAAUCAAGGUUGUGAACUAAUUAUGUAAACAGGUUUUGAGGGUGUAGGGAAAAGAAACAGUUGGAGACUAACAGGAAUUUACAGAGAUCAAUGUAGUACCUGGCUGGGGUGUGAGAGGGACAGCAACCCUAAGGAACACAAACCCGAGAUUUUAAUUUCAUGUUUGAUAGUGUAACAUUUCAUACAAGGUUUUCCCAUGGAACAAAGUGCCACAUACCCUAGGGAAGGAGUAGGACCUGCUGUGGAGGGCUGGGAGGAAGAGAUGGUACUGAUACCGGAUAGCACAACUUAAAACAUGGUCUGUGCUACACAAACAGCUCCCUGUCUGAAACACCUUUCCUGUCACAAGUGCACAGCACUGUCCUCUCUAAGGUGUUGUGUCAGAUUUCUUCAUGCAUGUUUUGCUGCCAGGGAUUUCAGCUUGCAAUCACUGAAGGGAAAUCUACUUGAAAAGAUAAAAAUGUUCCUUUCCUAGUAUUUUCCGGUGAAAUACAGCAUGAAUGCAUGGCUCUAAUAUUACCUGUUACUGGAAAUUUGCCGCUUCUCUCCUUCCAGAACUGUAUCGUCAGAAGAGGAGCUGCACCGUCUUGUUAGACUGUGAAGUAUUACACACAAUAGUGGCACUUAAGUAAAAAUUGCUGUAGCUGCAUAGUUUGUGGGAGGGUGAAAGAAUACCAUCUCAUCUUAAAGCUAGUCUUAAAGCUUUUAAUCGCAUACCCCUCAAUGAGAGACAGAAGCAAAGUUUUCGCUAACUGUCUCAAGUCAGUUCUAAUCAACAGCUAUCACCAUUGUUCUUUAAUGAGCAUUGUCAAAUCAGUGUCUUUGUCACAUAAAUAUAUGCAGAAUCAUCUGUGAAUGUCACAACACUGCACAAUAAAGCUAAAAAGUACUCUGGGAAAUGGUA